CACAGAAUUCAUCAGGCAACAGAGCUAUGUACUUGGACAACAAAGAUGAAAGUGCCAUGUCUAGAAAAGUAGAUAUGGAGCUGACCCAGGCCCCUAUCCCACACCACGUGGACUUGCUCGGAGGUGUAGCAGCAGAACCGAUUCCCAACAAUUUCAGUGAGCUGGAGCUGUUGAAGGAGAUGAUGGCUGUUCAGGGAGAACCACACAAGCCCUACCCAAGCAGCGCUCCGGAACAGGAAUGUUGCAUUACCCUGGGGAAAGAUUUCAGCCCACUCUCCAUGCAGGGAAGGUAUCACUUCUCUUUGCCCAAAUUCUUCAGCACAAGAUCCAAAGAUAAUUGCUUUACGGAGAGGACGCCUCUGCUGAAAGUUUCCCCAGAAGAAAAUGGGUUAAGAUGCAUGGCUGUUCAUAACACAGAUUUCACCACAGAUGAUGACUCUUGGGAAAACAGCUCUGCUGAGUUUGAGCAAAGGUCCCAUCUGGGAAGUGAAAUGCCCAGCUUGUCCAGAUCAGCUUCCUCCUCAGAGAAAUGUGAAAUGUUGGACAACUUCCACGUCAAAUUCAAUUUAACCAAGAUGAGAUGCUGUUUAAGAUUCCUAAAAGUUUCUGGGCUUUUCAUCUUUGUAGUUGUAUGCUCUAUUUUAUUUAGCAUUCACCCUGAAAAUGGAGCACCUUGGCAGAUGCUGGCUGUGUCACCUAUGGACGUCUACACUAUGAACUUCAGCAAUAUUCGCGAUUCUGCCCUUCUAAAAGUAGAACUGGCAGGGCCCUUUGUGGCAGAUGUGGCUGGUCGGCAACCAGAGGAUUAUGUUGUAGUUCAGAUUGGACAGGUAGAAGACUCUGGUCCAAGAAGGAGACGUCAGCAGCAGAUCUUAUACAAUUGGACCCUGCCUUUAAAUCUGAGAAAAAACGAACAAGUUAUUGUGUCACGAACCUUUGAGAUCAGUAAAGAAACAUCCAUAAGUAUUCAAGCUUUUCUCCAGGAAUUGGAAACCGUUCCUCUUUCCAUGACUCAUCAAUAUCUUCAUGCAAAUGUAGAGGUCAAGUCACAAAUUGCUUCAGUCAUUUUAGCAGGUGUUUAUGUGCUCAUCAUAUUUGAGAUUGUUCACAGGACAUUAGCGGCGAUGCUGGGCUCCCUGGCUGCCUUAGCUGCCCUUGCUGUGAUCGGUGAUAAGCCGAGCCUGGUCAAAGUAGUGGCAUGGAUUGAUUAUGAAACUCUGGCGCUUUUGUUCGGAAUGAUGCUUUUAGUUGCCAUCUUUUCUGAAACUGGGUUUUUUGAUUAUUGCGCAGUAAAGGCUUACAGACUCUCUCGAGGCAAAGUGUGGGCUAUGAUUAUCAUUCUCUGCCUUAUUGCUGCGAUUCUCUCAGCCUUCUUGGACAACGUUACUACAAUGCUCCUCUUUACCCCAGUCACCAUAAGGUUAUGUGAGGUGCUUAACCUAGAUCCCAGGCAUGUCCUGAUUGCCGAAGUAAUCUUCACAAACAUUGGAGGGGCCUCUACAGCUAUUGGGGACCCACCCAAUGUGAUUAUUGUUUCAAAGCAGGAACUCAGGAACGAGGGAGUGGACUUUGCAGGAUUUACAGGGCACAUGUUUGUUGGGAUUUGCCUCGUGCUUCUUGUCUCCAUUCCUUUCCUAAGACUUCUCUACUGGAACAAAAAGCUAUACAACAAAGAGCCAAGUGAAAUUGUUGAGCUGAAACAUGAAAUCCACGUUUGGAGACUGACAGCACAGAGGAUUAACCCUGCCAGCAGAGAAGAAACAGCUGUAAAGUGCCUCCUAAUGCAAAAAGUUCUUACUCUGGAGAUUUUGCUGAGGAAAAAGCUGAAAACAUUCCACAGACAAAUCUCACAAGAAGAUAAAAACUGGGAAACAAAUAUCCAGGAGCUCCAAAAAAAGCACAGAAUAACAGACAAGGUGCUUCUCAUCAAAUGCCUGACCGUUUUGGGAGUUGUUAUCCUCAUGUUCUUCCUCAAUUCGUUUGUUCCAGGGAUUCACCUGGACCUUGGGUGGAUUGCUAUGCUGGGAGCAAUAUGGCUUCUCGUGUUAGCCAACAUUCAGGAUUUUGAGAUGAUUCUGAGUAGAGUGGAAUGGGCAACGCUCCUUUUCUUUGCAGCACUGUUUGUUUUAAUGGAGGCUUUGGCUCACCUUCAUUUAAUAGAAUACAUUGGAGAACAGACAGCUUUAUUAAUAAAGGUGGUCCCUGAAGACCAACGCUUGACAGUUGCAAUCAUUUUAGUGCUCUGGGUCUCUGCUCUGGCAUCAUCCCUCAUUGAUAAUAUUCCAUUCACUGCUACAAUGAUUCCUGUACUUCUCAACCUCAGUCAGGAUCCUGAUGUGAACCUACCUGUGAAGCCCCUAAUCUUUUCACUGGCCAUGGGUGCCUGUCUUGGAGGUAAUGGGACAUUGAUCGGAGCAUCUGCAAAUGUUGUUUGUGCAGGAAUCGCAGAGCAACAUGGCUAUGGCUUCUCUUUCAUGGAAUUUUUCAGGUUGGGUUUUCCCAUGAUGAUUAUGAGCUGCAUCAUUGGAAUGUGCUAUCUCCUUGUUGCUCACGUUGUAUUGGGUUGGACCUAAGAAUGUAUAUAUUGAUUAUAUAUACUGAAGACCAAAAGACAUUUUUCAUUCUUUUCCAAUCUCUCUGUUGCAUUUUUACAAGGCUGUAUGAAAACAAAAAGCUUUUAUUUGGGGGGCGGGGGGAGUGGAAUCAUUCAUGCUGCUACUCCUGUCCAGCUUUCUGUUAUGAACAUGGGAAUUCAUCUGAUGCCUAUAUGGAAUUUCUCCACUUGGAAAUGAUGCCCACAUUCAUUUCAGUUGAGAGAACCAAUUUCUGUGCACAUUAUUUUGUGUGUGUGUGUGUGUGUGUGUGUGUGUGUGUGAAUUGCCUACCUCUGCUGGAAUAUUGACAGGGACCAUUGUGAAUGCAAGAGAGAUAUGUGCUCAUAUCUAAUGCACAGGAAGCUCUGGGCCACAGCUGUAUUCAAUAACUGGCAGCUAAACAGCUGAGACACAAAAUCAAAAACAUCUCAUAAUGCACAUUUUGAUGGGCUGUACCAUUUUAGAUUAAAGGUGGAAGAAUUGUGUGAAUGCCAUACAGAAUGGAAGCUAGUGUGUCAAGAGAAAAAGCGAAGAGUUAGAUCCUUACUUAUUAGUUUUAUAUAUGAAAAAGCAUUCAAAUGUGAAUCCCCCCCUGCAGUCUAAAAUUGUAUAGCAGAGGGAAAAAUGCACCAUGUGACCCUUUAGAUAAUGUGCUUCCAUCCUUAACUGACGUCAUUGUGGGCUUAUGUUCUUUGACCAGCUUAUAGAGCAGAAUAUUGUGAUUUAAGAUGCACAAAUGGUCUUAUGGUGGAACCAAAUUUCUUUAGGUUCAUUUUUCAGCUCGAAAGUAGUGAUUUUGCUGAGGAUGAGUCCUCCCAGAUCUUUAAUCCUAUUAUUAUUAUUAUUAUUAUUAUUAUUAUUAUUAUUAUUAUUAUUAGAAGCUUGCCUGAUACUCCUCAGAGGUCCUUUGCUUUGCUCCCACUUCAGUGGACUUUUUAAGGAAACAACUCCUGGUAGGAUUCAACAGAGUUGUUUCAUGUGCAGAACAAUGUCAGCUCAUGCAAUGAGAUUCCAGCCCCUCCUUCCUCCCAUGCCUUCUAAAUCUGUUCUGGAGAGUUAGGGGAACCCCCCAGAACAGUUUUAAGAGGAGAACAGGAGUAGUAGAAGGGGGAAAGUGCCAUUGCAUGAGUAGACCUUGUUCUCCAUGCACAUAACCCACUUGAGUUCCACCCUGUUUCAUUCUUACUUGAGACCAUACAAUGGGCACAAUGACAUCAGAAUACCAGGUAGUUAAUCAGAUUUGACUAUUUGCUGUAACCAAUAAUAGUUUUAAAUAAAGACAAUUAAAUAAAGACAAUUAUUGCCCAAGAAGGUAGAACCCCAAACCAGUAGGUUCAAAUGAGGAGAGGAUAUUGUUACUAAACAUUUUUUUAAAA